CACACGCAAAAGGUUCACAAGCGCGCGAAAUCAGGGUUCUAGACAGGGUCAUGCAUGGAUACAUCCACAGGCUGCCAUCAAGCGAGACAGUUUCCCCAUCCAGGCCAACUAGUGACGUACUCUCUCCAAAUAUGACAUGUCUAGAUCUUUGUGGAUAGCUACGAUGGCAGCUCUCGGCCGGAUGAUAUGUAAAUACUCUUAUCCAUAAGUAGUGUAAAUCUGAUUCAACUUCCUCUUUAUCUUGCUAUCUAACUAUCUUGAUAUCGUACUUCUAACACCUAAGAGCUAUCUCCAUUAUCAAACACAUAACCCAUAUCAACAUAUCCCAUCAUGUCGUCCUCCAGCCCCUCAGGAGCAUCCCAAUCCAAGUCCCGCCAAAGCCGCCGCCGGAGUCGCAAUCAGUCCCGACAGGCAACCGCACCCCAGCCCGAUGUCCAGGAGCAGCAAUACUCCGACGAAGACAGCGCCGGCGAGGCACCCCCUCCACAGCCCCAGCGCCGUCGACGCCAACGCCAGCAGACGCAGACAAUGCAGCAACAGUCGCAGAGCGGCGGCGGCGGCCCUCUCGGUGGUAUCGGCGGCGUGGACCAGAUGCUCCCCGUCGGCAACGUCGGCGAGACGGCGAACAACUUGACCAACGCCGCAACGGGAACGCUGGGGAAUGUGGCCGGGGGCGCGCUCGGCGGCGGCCAGCAGGACAGCGGGGGCGGGAAGUCGGAUACGCUUAAGCUGAGGCUGGAUCUGAACUUGGAGGUCGAAGUCACGCUUAAGGCACGCAUCCACGGUGACCUGACGUUAGCUUUACUCAACUGAAAGAACGAUGUAAUGGCACUUCCAGCACAUCACGCCCUAUUCAUACACAUACAUACAGUUUUUUCACUUGUUCAUAUAUCGAUCGUCUCGGGGCGUUAGUUUCCAAAGGGGGUCGGCUGGGUUAAGGGGGUUGCAUCGGGAGGUUAAAUUUGGGGCUAUUUAUCAAUGGCUUUUUCGAUUACUGCGCGAUAGUCUAGAGUAUUAAGGGCUUUGAAGAAAAUCAUAAUAAUUAGC